UCUCCUUCUCCACCUUCUCUCUCUAAACCAUAACUCUCUCUCCUCCGCCAUGAAAGACCCGGAAGCCAACGACGACCCCAUAGCAGUCUCCAUCGACCUCCUCCGUUCUCUCUCCUCCGAAAUCCCCCACGUCCAGACCUUCAAAGGCAAAUGGGCCUUAAUCAACACCAAGCUCACCAACCUCAAAGCCCACCUCGCCGACUUCGCCGACUUCCCCACCUCCGCCUCCAACCCUCUCGCCCUCGACCUCCUCCUCUCCGUCGCCCACACUCUCCGCGCCGCCGUCGACCUCGCCCGCCGCUGCCGGGACUCUAGUUUGAUCGAGGGAAAGCUCCGGACGCAGAGCGACGUCGACUCCAUCCUCGCCAAGCUCGAUCUCCACCUCCGCGACGGCGAGAUUAUCUUCAAGAGCGGCGUCCUCCACGACACCGCCGGCUUCAGCUCCUCCUCCAAGAGGGAGUCCGUCCGCGCCGAGUGCCGCAACCUCGUCACGUGCCUCCAAAUCGGCGGCGGAGAGUCGCGGUACGCCGCCGUGGAGGCGCUGCUGGCGCUGCUCAGGGAGGACGACAAGAACGUGACGAUCGCGGUGGCGCAGGGGAUCGUACCGGUGCUGGUGAAGCUUCUGGAUUCGGGGAGCUUCGAGAUGAAGGAGAACGCCGUGGCGGCGAUUGCGGUUGUUUCCGUGGUGGAGAGCAGCAGGAGCGUUCUGGCCGCCGAGGGGCUGCUGCUGCUGAAUCACUUGGUUAGGGUUCUGGACUCCGGCAGCGGCGUCGCCAAGGAGAAGGCAUGCGUGGCGCUUGAAGCCUUGAGCUUUUCGAAGGAGAAUGCUAGAGCGAUUUGCUCCAGCGGCGGCGUUUCGUCGCUGCUGGAUAUCUGCGAGGGCGGCACGCCGGGCUCGCAGGCAUCGGCGGCCGGAGUGUUGAGGAAUUUGGCUGCUUUUGCUGAAAAUAAGGAGAAUUUCAUAGAGGAGAAAGGAGUUGGUGUUCUUUUGGGGCUGGCGAGCUCCGGCACGGCUUUAGCUCAGGAGAAUGCCAUUGGUUGUUUGUGCCAUUUGGUCUCUGAUAGUGAAAAGCGUAAGGAUUUGGUGGUGAAGGAGGGAGGGAUUGAGUGCUUGAAGAAUUUGAAUUUAUGGGAUUCGGAGUUUAGUAAUAAUAAUCGGGGUCUUGAGGCUGCGGUGGAGUUGGUAAUGCACUUGGCUUCGUGCUCUAUGAUUGCGGACGCUCUUGUGGCGGAGGGGUUUGUGACUAGGAUUGUCAAGGUGAUGAAUUGUGGUGUGUUGGGGGUGAGGAGUCAGGCGGCCAAGGCGGUUUACGAGCUUGGGUUUUGCUCGAGGACGAGGAAGGAGAUGGGGGAAUGUGGCUGCAUUCCGCCUUUGGUGAAGAUGUUGGAUGGCAAAGCAGUGGAAGAGAAAGAAGCUGCGGCCAAGGCAUUGUCAGCAUUGUUGCGCUGUGCUGAAAAUAGGAAGAUUUUUAGGAGAAUUGAUGGCGCGAUUUUGAGUACCGUUCAGCUUUUGAACCCUUCUAUGAAGAAUUUGGAUAAGAAGUACCCUGUUGCUGCGUUGGCGGCACUUGCGCAUUCGAAGAAGUGCAAGAAGCAAAUGGUGAAAGCAGGUGCCUGCAUACAUUUGCAGAAACUACUCGAUUUGGAAGUAGAGGGGUCUCAGAAGCUCCUGGAAAGCCUUUGUCGUAGUAAAAUUUGGGGCGUUUUUGCCAGAUCUUAACAAUUGAAGACAAUAUCCAAGUGACAAAUACCAAGUAUAGGUACAUGAAGAUGAUUCAUUGAUAUUUCUGUACAAUAGUUGUGAUUACCGUUUUGGUUUUCGAUUUUCUCCCCUGUUUAUAAUUUGUGCUUGUUUAAGUCUAGGAAUUACAUUUUGUUAGCUUAGUUGUUAUGUUGUAUCUAGGUUUGGCGACCUAACUGGAUAGGCCUUCUAAGUUAUCUAAACCGAAAGUCAAUAAUUGAUAUUGCUGCAUAAUAUGUGGGUUCGUACUCCUUGUACACAUUGGGAAUUCGAGAUAGGUGUUGUAUUCCAUUUCUUAAUAGACAUCCAAUGUAAUGGUUAGUUCUUCAUUGUUGAUCAAACCUAUAUCUUUGUAUUAGUUUCGCUUAUCUCGGGAAA